AUGUCGGUACAACGAGUGACAGGCAGACGGCCAAAAGACGAAAUUACAAGUUGUGCAGUGAAGGCUACGAAGACAGCAAAGAUGACUGACGGCAUAGAAGAGGCAAUAACAGAAGUGGAUACAUUUGAAGUCGAAGAACUAAGAGAAAGAUUGGAACGAUUAGGACGUUCUAUCAAGGGUACCAAGCCAGUCUUAGCUGACAGACUGCCAAACGACGAUGAAGAUGAUGAAGAAGGCGAUGACGUCCCUGGUAAAGGUGAAGCAAGUAGUGAAGAAGAAGAAGAAGAGGAACUCGAUGUGAAAACUCUACGUACCGCUGCACUAAAAGAAGAACUACGCAAGCGAAGUAGCAAAGUGACAGGUAAAAAAUCAGAAUUAAGGGCUCGGUUACAAAGAGCACUAGAUCAAGAAGCAACAAGCACAGAAGAAACUACGACCGACGAUAGCGAAGAUGAAGAAGUAGAAAUAACCUUGCAGAGAGGAAAAAAGAACGCUGAUAAGAAGAUAAAAUCAUUGAUGUCACUCAAGGAAGCUCAGAAGUCACUACCAGUGUUUACUGGAGAUAAAGGUGAAAACAUUCAACGAUGGCUAUUAACGUUUGAAACAAUAGCAAAAAUCGCAGGUCAAGCUGAUAUUGAGGAAGAGGCAAUAAUUCAAUACAGUAUAGAUGGUAUACGAGAUGAUGAAGUAAACAAGACGAUACUAUAUGGAGCAUCUUCCAUAAAAGAAUUUCGCAAAAAACUUCAGUUAUAUGAAACACAAAAAGAGAACAGCGGAAAAUCUCACAGAAGUAUCCAACGACCGUCAAACAAUGAUAAACCAAAGAGAAUAGCAGUGGACAAGAUGACGGACAGAAAAGAUGGAGUGAUUGUGAAGCCUAAACAUUGUUUCGUAUGCGGUAAUAAGAACCAUCUCAGCAGAGAUUGCCCAGACAAGGAAAAGGGAAGGAAGUGUUUCAAAUGCGAUAGGUUUGGCCACAUAUCUAGUGAGUACACUACUGAGGUGAAGAAAUCUAGCUCAACCAAUACAGAGUCUAGAGCAAGAGUGGACGCAGUUGAAGCUACAAAGCGGAAGAUUCCAAAGGACAUCAAGAUGUUGGGCCAAGAUGUUACAGCUUGCAUAGAUUCAGGAAGUGAUCUACAUCUUGUACGUUUCAGUGAAUACCAGCGCUUAGGAGCACCAAAGCUUGAACUCAAGAAGAUUGUAUUUGACGGUGCAAAUUCUAAAGAUAAUAAAACAAUAGGUCGAUUUACAACAGAAAUAGAAAUCGAUGAAAUGAAGUUCGACUUUGUAUUUCAUGUCGUGCCUGAUGAAUACAUUCCUUACAAUGUCAUUGUGGGGGUAGAAUUAACAGACUUGGCGGAAGUGAGGUUAAGACACAGAGCUGCAAAAGUAGUAUCGCUAGAAGAAAAGGAAAUGAAGGAAAUUGUAGUACAAAUAGAUGAUCCAGGAUGGCAGACAGUUCUCUCCAUCAACGCCCAAGUUGAACCAGAACCAGAGGUGUCAACAAGGCACAUCGCCGAUCCGAAAAUCAGGGAAGAAGUAAAAGAAAUAGUGGAAAAUUAUGAACCCAGAAAGACGAAAGAAACAGAAGUAAAGAUAAACAUAAUUCUUAAUGAUGAAGUACCAGUUUUCCAGAAUCCACGGCGCUUAUCAGCUGAUCAACGAAAGAUUGUAAAUGAAAUUGUAGAUGAAUGGUUACAGCGAGGUAUAGUAAGACACAGUACAUCAAACUAUGCCAGCCCUAUAGUACUAGUUGCCAAGAAGAACAAUCAGUGGAGGCUAUGUGUAGACUAUCGAAUGCUGAACAGGAAGAUUUUACGAGAUAGAAAUCCAUUGCCACUAAUUGAAGACCAGUUGGACAGAUUGCAAGAUGCCAGAGUGUUUUGUACACUAGAUAUGAAGGAUGGAUUCUUCCACGUGCCCAUAGAAGAAUCAAGUAUUAAAUAUACAGCUUUUGUGACUCCGGAUGGACAGUUUGAAUUCCUACGAGUACUAUUUGGAUUGUGCAAUUCUCCAGCUGUAUUUCAGAGAUUUGUCAGAGCAGUUUUUCAAAGACUCAUUAACGAUGGAACAGUUUUAGCCUAUUUGGAUGAUUUAAUUAUUCCUGCCAAGACAGAAGCUGAAUGUUGUGAAAAGUUGAAAAAAGUAUUAAAACAAGCUGAGAUGUAUGGACUGAUAAUUAAUUGGAAAAAAUGUGAGCAGCUAGUGAGACGUGUUCAAUAUUUAGGAUAUAUAGUGGAAGAGGGAGAGAUUCGACCUUCAGACGAGAAAACCAAAGCCGUGAAAAACUUUCCAAAACCCAAGUCGGUAAAGCAGAUACAGUCAUUCCUGGGGUUAACAGGAUAUUUCAGGAAGUUCAUACCAGAUUACGCUCGAAUCGCGCGACCACUAUCAAAUUUAUUAAGAAAUAGUGUCAAGUUCCAUUGCGGUCCACUUCAUUUCCAAGUUGGCGCUUUUUUGUCUACUACGAUGAAAUAA